AUGAAGAACUUUCUGCUGAUAUUGGCUUUGCAUGCCUCGAUCUCCUAUACUAUCCCAGUAACCACAGACACAAUUUUUGAAAAAGAAUUGUUGUUUGCAAAGAUUUACCUGAAAAAAUAUUUUGGCCUUGACAUGGAAGAAACGCCUUUGAAUAAAGUAAAAGGCAAUGACCCUGUAGUUCAGAAGAUUGAGGAAAUGCAGAAGUUUUUUGGGAUGAAGGUGACAGGAACACUGGACUCCACAACUUUGGAGAUGAUGCACAAGCCUCGAUGUGGAGUUCCUGAUGUGCAUGAGUUUAAAGUAUUUCCGAAUCGACCAAGAUGGAAGAAAUACGAUCUUACCUACAGAAUAAUGAACUAUACCCCUGACAUGGCCAAAGCUGAUGUGGACUAUGCCGUCAAGAAAGCUUUUGAAGUAUGGAGCAAUGUAACCCCUCUGACAUUCAAAAGGAUUUACAUGGGAGAAGCAGAUAUCUUGAUAUCUUUUGCAUCUGGAGAUCAUGGUGACUUUUAUCCUUUUGAUGGUCGCCAUGGCACCUUGGCCCAUGCCUAUGCUCCUGGAACUGGUAUUGGAGGAGAUGCUCACUUUGAUGAGGAUGAAGGCUGGACAGCAGGCACAAGAGGAUACAACUUGUUUCUUGUUGCUGCUCAUGAAUUUGGCCAUUCACUAGGUCUUGAUCAUUCUAAGGAUCCACAAGCCUUAAUGUAUCCCACCUACCGUGGCGUUGACCCCAGACAAUUCCAUCUUUCUCAGGAUGAUAUCAAAGGCAUUCAGACCCUGUACGGACGUCCAGUGAAUCGUCCUCCUAUAUCCCCAGAAUUACCCUCCUCCCCUACUAUGAAGCCAGACGUCUGCAGCUCCUCCAUGACAUUCGAUGCCAUUGCUACACUCCAAGGAGAAAUAAUUUUCUUUAAAGACAGCUUAUUAUUGCGGAAACAGCCCCAGAACCCAAAAGUGGUUGUUGAUUUGCUUUCCUCCUUCUGGCCUUCCCUACCAUCUGGCAUUCAGGCUGCCUAUGAAGUUGAAACCAAGAAUCAAGUUUUUCUUUUUAAAGACACCAAGUAUUGGGUGAUCAGAGGAACGAAGCUCCUAACACGAUAUCCCAGGAACAUCCAUUCUCUGGGCUUCCCAAGCUAUGUGAAAAAAGUUGAUGCAGCUGUUCAUAACCCCUUUUCUAGGAAAACCUAUUUCUUUGUAAAAAAUGAUUACUGGAGAUAUGAUGAAGGGAGUCAAUCAAUGGACAGGGGUUAUCCCAGAGAGAUCGCAAAGUUCUUUCCAGGAAUUGGACCUAAAGUGGGAGCUGUGUUUUACCACAACAGACACUACUAUUUUUUCCAAGGAGCCAAGCAACUUGAAUAUGACAUCUUUUUGAACCGUGUUACUCGAGUUCUGAAUAGCAACAGCUGGUUUCGUUGUUAG